AGAAAGAGAAUAGGAAUAUAUUGAUUAGGGAGAAGAAAAUGAACAGCACAGCACAGCGUAGCAGGAGCGGAGCCCGUGUGCGAGCAGCAGGAAGUACACAAAGUGGAAGGGAAGAGAACCCAAACGAACCCCACUGCUAAAUCCAACUACCUUCUUCAUCGUCCUCUCUUCUUAUUAGUAUUCUCUUUCACACAAGGUUAUCUUCUUCUUCUUCUCUUCGUCUUCUUCUUCUUCUUCUUCUUCUUCUUCUCUGUCCUUCUAUUAUUACCGUUCUAACUUCGUGCUUGGAAAUCCAGAAGAACGGUAAAACCCUUCCUUCAGAAUCAGAUCCUGAUUCAUUGGGUGUCCCACCCGCAUUCCAAUUUUAUCCACAUUCAUUGGGCUUAAGUGCUCUGCUUCUACUCCCGUCGAUCGCGAUUGGAUUUUCAAACCUGGGUUGGGUUAGGUUUUCCAACCAUUAAUUUUUCCAGCUACUUAGUGCUUUACUUGCAUCAUUACCAGUGGCAAUGGCGCCACUUCCUUCUGCCUGAGGCCGGUGGCCGUAGGAGCUUUACUUCAGUAUGGCGGACUCUAACACAAGCUCAGUUGAUGUGAUUUUGGAGUUUCUUCGGAGGAACCGAUUCACGAGAGCCGAGGCAGCUCUCCGUAGUGAGAUAAAUAAUCGCCCUGACUUGAAUGGCUUCCUUCAGAAGCUCACAUUGGAAGAAAAGGCCUCACGUGAUGUGCCUCAAAGUAAUAAGGGGAAGCCUAUGAUUGAGUUUCAAGAGGUGGACACUCUUGAAGUUUCUAAAGAACUGAUCGUCACGGAAAUCGAGUGUGGGAAUGGUCGAAAUGCCGCUGAAAGCAAAUGGAAAACUGCUGCUCCCACUUUGGUGGAACGGAGUAAAUCGGAUGAAGCGGUUCGAACUAGUGAUAAGAACUUCAUUUUCUCCAAUACUUCAGAGGGUGGGAUGCUUGAUUUAUACUCUUGGAAGUUCAACCCUGGGAAAGCUCCUGUGGAGCCUUACCAAAACGAUGCUGGUAGUAGGGCUAAUACUAUUUUGAGCUUGAAUGCCACAGUAUCUGAACGAUCAAAACGUCAAACUAAUGAAGCUGUGGAUCUAAGUGUUGCCAAUACCAGUUCAAUGUCUGGGGAGGAAAAUGCUGCUCUUGCUGAAAAAAAAUCUCUGUGGUCUGGAAGUAGUAGUAAAACCUCCGUGGAUCUUAAGUACGACCUUGCGCAAAGCAAAGAACCUAUGGAGCUUGAUCGGCAACUUAAAUUCAAUAGUUCUUCUCUUAAAGGGAACUUUCCAGAUAAUCCCUGGUCAAAAAUGGAUGAGAACGGGAAUUCGUCUUCAGAUUCCUGCAAAAAUUGUGUCAAGACGGUUUUCCCCCUCUCGAAAGGGGAUGUGUCUUCAAACUUCGAUGGUGCCACUUAUUCUGACAAAAAAGAGGAGAAAAAAAGGGUAGAAAUUAGUGAGGCCAGAACAUCCAUAAAAGAGCAGGUGGGUGAAUCAGGGAGGUCUAUUUACUUGGCCAAGACACCUGUCAGUUCUGAACAAAAGUUGAUUGGCAGCUUAAGAUUUCCUCUUCCACCUGAAAAUGAGAAGGAAGAAUUUCCCAGGCUUCCUCCAGUUAAACUCAAGUCAGAUGAUAAGCCCUUGGUUGUUAACUGGGAAGAGAAGUUUGAGCGAGAUGGGCCAACUUCAAACCCCCCUGGUAUGAGGAGGGCUACAGGGGGCAGUUGGUUAUCUGUAAGUCAAGGGAUAGCAGAGGAUACAUCUGAUCUUGUAUCAGGAUUUGCUACAGUUGGCGACGGGUUAAGUGAAUCUAUUGACUAUCCAAAUGAAUAUUGGGACUCCGAUGAAUAUGAUGACGACGAGGAUGUUGGGUACAUGAGGCAACCUAUUGACGAUGAGACCUGGUUUUUGGCACAUGAAAUUGAUUACCCUAGUGACAACGAAAAAGGGGCUGGCCAUGAAAGUGUUCCAGACCAUCAGGAAAGAGGUCUGGCCAAAGAUGAGGAUGACGAUCAAUCUUUUGCUGAGGAAGAUUCUUACUUUUCUGGGGAGCGAUAUCUUCAGGAAAAUAAUGUUGAGCCAGUCACAGCUACUGAUGAUUCUAUUGGUCUGACAGUUACUGAGUAUGGAAGGACCAAUGAUAAUGAUUUAAUGGCUCAAUAUGAUGGACAAUUGAUGGAUGAAGAAGAAUUGAACCUUAUGUGUGCAGAACCAGUCUGGCGGGGCUUUGUCCCUCAGACUAAUGAACUCAUCAUGCUAGGAGAUGGGAGGGUGUUGAAUGAUAAUGUAAGAUCACGGCAAGAGAACAUCAAAAUGGAUGAUGAUCAGCAUGGUUCCGUUAGGUCAAUUGGGGUAGGGAUUAAUAGUGAUGUUGCAGAUAUUGGCAGUGAAGUGCGUGAAAGUUUGGUUGGUGGUAGUAGUGAAGGAGAUUUAGAAUAUUUCCAUGGUCGUGAUGCUGGGCUUGGUGGCAGGCACCCCCAUCGUGAUUUGGACAAGAAAUCUACUAACAAAUCAAAUGUAAGUAAGAACAAUGACCAGAGUGAGUCAAAUAAAUAUGUCAUAGGAUGUGACAGAGAUACACAGUUCCAGAUAAAAACUCAUGGUGAUGGGAACUUCUCUUUUCCCCUAUCUUUGAAGGAUGGUGAUAUAAUUCAGGCUUCCACCGAUAAGUCCCUGUGGUCAAAUAACGACAAUGCAGAUGAAAUUGAUGACUGUCUUAGUGCAUUUGUGGAAACUGAUGACAUGCUUGCUUCGUGGAGGCGAAAGAGUAGUGAUUCAUCACCUGCUAGAAGUUCUAGGGGUGAUAAUAAUGCUAACAAUGUAAGAUCUGCAAACUCUUCUCCAACAACAAUUUCAAAUUAUGGAUAUUCUGAAAGAGAGCGUGUGAAGGUGGAGGAGGAUGAAAAAACUGGAAUUGCUAUGGAAGAUGACCUAGGAGCAGAGGAUGAAGAGGUAGCUGCUGUGCAAGAGCAAGUAAGACAGAUAAAGGCACAGGAGGAGGAAUUUGAAACUUUCAAUCUAAAGAUUGUGCACAGGAAAAACAGAACUGGUUUUGAGGAGGACAAGAAUUUCCAUGUUGUUUUAAAUUCUGUAAUAGCUGGAAGGUAUCAUGUUACGGAGUAUCUGGGAUCUGCUGCAUUUAGCAAAGCCAUACAAGCUCAUGACCUACAUACAGGCAUGGAUGUUUGUGUUAAAAUUAUAAAGAACAACAAGGACUUUUUUGACCAAAGUCUUGAUGAGAUCAAGCUUCUCAAGUAUGUCAAUAAGCAUGAUCCUGGAGACAAGUAUCACAUUCUUCGAUUAUAUGAUUAUUUCUAUUAUCGAGAACAUUUGUUAAUAGUAUGUGAACUACUUAAAGCAAACUUGUACGAGUUUCAUAAAUUUAAUAGAGAAUCAGGUGGUGAAGUGUACUUUACAAUGCCAAGAUUGCAGUCAAUUACCAUUCAGUGUUUGGAAGCACUUCAGUUUCUGCAUAGCCUUGGACUAAUACACUGUGACUUGAAACCAGAGAAUAUUUUGGUUAAGAGCUAUAGUAGAUGUGAGGUGAAGGUCAUUGAUCUUGGAAGUAGUUGUUUUGAGACGGAUCACCUUUGCUCUUAUGUUCAGUCAAGGUCCUAUCGUGCUCCUGAGGUUAUUUUGGGACUUCCAUAUGAUAAGAAGAUUGAUAUCUGGUCUCUUGGCUGCAUCUUGGCAGAACUUUGUACUGGGAAUGUCCUCUUCCAAAAUGAUUCGCCUGCAACAUUACUUGCACGGGUGAUUGGGAUUAUGGGUCCAAUUGAUCAAGGUAUGCUUGCAAAAGGACGGGACACCUAUAAGUACUUCACCAAAAAUCAUAUGCUUUAUGAAAGGAAUCAGGAAACCAACAGGUUAGAAUACUUGAUUCCAAAAAAGACAUCCUUGAGGCAUAGAUUGCCAAUGGGAGACCAAGGCUUCAUUGACUUUGUGGCUCACUUGCUUGAAGUCAACCCUAAGGAGCGACCCUCUGCAUCUGAAGCCCUGAAGCAUCCAUGGUUAUCGUACCCUUAUGAACCCAUUUCAUCUUGAAAUAUUUGGAGGGUUCUGUAUGGUCCUAAUCUCACAUACCCAGAGUUGGGUUAGGUUCAUGGUUUCAGAGUGUAGAGGACCCACUGAUACAUCCUUUCUGCUUUUCAUUGUCUAUUUUAAAGAGGAAAUGGAAAGAGUUGUGCCCUUCCACAUUCAUGAAUACUGCUUUGGAAGGGUUUUGGUUGUGGGAAAUGUCUGUCUCUUCUUCUCCUAACCAAACUGUGUUCCAGUGACAAACCAUACGAUCAAACGAUGUAAUUUUGCACGUAUGGUGUUAUGUUAGUUAGGUUUAUACUUUCUUUGUUCUGCCGGACAGGGAAAUCUUAGAAUCUUCUUGUACAUGGUAUGUAAGUGAUAAUUCUUUAGGCUACUAGUAAUAUUUUUGUGAUAUAUUAUAUGUAUCCUAAAUCCAAUUUUGUAUGGCGUGCGACACCACACUUGGGAGGGAGCGAUGGUCAAAGAUUAAAGAAAAGCUGCUGACAAUGUGAAUCAUUUAAUACCACAUGCUUGCUUUGCAUGGAACCCCAAAACUCAAUUUGGGAGCAAUCGAUUUGUAUCUUGAUACUGUUAAGGAACAUUUUGUUCAGUUUUACCAACAGUGUUGGAUCGAGAAUACUUGUUAAGGCAUUUGGGUCGACAA